AUGAGGAGGCCGCGCAUUGCUGGUGUGGGGAAGGCCAGUUUGCCUGGACUGCAGAGUCCGAAGACAUCACCUCGGCCGGGAAAUGACCCGACAGACCACGCCCACCCCGCCCCCUCCGCAGUUGCUCGCGGAGGGGCGGGGCGUCAUCGGCGAGCCGGAGCGGGCGCGAGAACGAGGCCGCCCAGGGUUCCCGCCGCGGAAGGGGCCAUGCUGAGCGGGCCGUGGCGACGAGCUGCGUCUGCGCUGCGGGCAUCGGCCGCCGGGAGCAGGGCGGUGCACGCGGCGGGGCCCAGGCCGGCUGCCGACAGCCCGGGGUCGGACCCGGCCUCGCCUCCGGCCGCCUUUGACGCGGCCUUGCUGGACGUGCUGGUGUGCCCGCUCUCCAAGAAGCCUCUGAGGUACGAAGUAUCAACAAACGAACUGAUUAAUGAAGAACUGGGAAUUGCUUAUCCAGUCAUUGACGGCAUUCCUAAUAUGAUACCACAGGCAGCAAGAAUGAUACGCCGGAAUAAGCAACAAGAAGAAAAAGAACAAGAGUAGGCCGUUCCUAAACGCCAGA